AUGGGGCUUCAGUCCGUCCGAUCGACAACCGCCGCCGUGACGCAUCGAUGGUGGGCCACUUUUGCGAGCGAGACCAAUGUCCGAAUUGGAAACAUCAAAAGCGAUGGUAACAUGAAACAAAUCGAAGUGCUCUCCAUUAUCGACGGUGCCACGGGCGCGUACAAAGUCGCUAGGGUUGUCGCGCUCGGGCAAUUAGAUCCGGAAGACGCGUUGCGCGCGGCAUAUCUC